AUGUCCGAUAUGCUGGUCAACGUGUACAACUACAGGAAUGAUGACGGCUACGACCCCACGAAACUCUUCCAGCGCAAGGUCAACAAGCGCGCGGUGCCCGACUACUACGACAUCAUCAAGGAGCCCAUGGCCCUCAGCACCAUCAAAGGCCGCGUCGCCGCGAAAGACUACAGCAGUUUCUCCGAGUUCGUGCGCGACCUCGCCCUCAUCCCCCACAACGCCCAGGUCUACAACAGGCAGGACUCGCAAGCAUACGUCGAUGCGCUGGACCUGAAGAAGGUCAUCGAGUCUGAGCUGAAGCGCUUAGUCACCAAAGGCAUCGUCACCCAGACGGUCGCAGCUCUGCCCUACCUCGGCGAGAUCCCGGAACAAGACCCUCUGCUGCCUGAGGAAGAGGAGGAAGACGACGACGACGACGACGAGGAGGAGCUGGAGAUGGACGAAGACGACGACGACGAAGACGACGGCGACGGCAAGCGAAAGAGGAGGCGAGGCCCGCGGUCCACUGCAGCCAUCGCUAAGCGCGAAGGCGGCGCGAGAGCGAGAGAGGAACGGGAGAAGAACGACGAUCCCGAGUCGAGGAAGAAGCGCGGGCGGCCGCCGCGAGUCGACACUCCCAUGGAAGCGCGCAUCAAGGCCAUCAUGAAGGCGAUUCGCAAGCCAAGGAACCAGGCGAACAAGCUAAUGGUCAGCGCGUUCGAGCGCGUGCCGGACAAGGCUGUCAUGCCCGAAUACCAUGCCGAGAUUCGGACUCCCAUGGCUAUGGACAUCCUGAAGCGCAAGCUCAAGCGCAAGAAGUACAACUCGGUUGAUCACUUCAUGGUCGACGUCGAGCUCAUGUUCGAGAACGCCAAGCAGUACAACGAAGAGGACAGCCAGAUCUACAAGGACGCCGUGCAUCUGCAGAAGGAGUCGCGCAAAGUCGCCAAAGCUGAGAAGGAGAAGCCAGACACCGACUUCGUUAUGGAGGAAGGCCGCAUCCCCAUGCCCAACGGUAUCCUGCACAACGGCGAGCUAUGGAAGGUCGGCGACUGGGUGCACAUCCAGAACGCGAACGACCUGACAAAGCCUAUCGUUGCACAGAUCUACCGGACAUGGCAGGAUUCCGAGGGAGGCAAGUGGGUCAACGCCUGCUGGUACUACCGACCGGAGCAGACUGUCCACCGGUUCGACCGACACUUCCUGGAGAACGAGGUGGUCAAGACUGGCCAGUACCGCGAUCACCGCAUCGACGAGGUGGUAGACCGUUGCUUUGUCAUGUUUGUCACAAGAUACAACAAGGGCCGUCCCCGCGACUUCCCCCCGGACAAGGAGAUCUAUGUUUGCGAAGCACGCUACAACGAGGAGAACCACAAGCUGAACAAGAUCAAGACUUGGGCAAGCUGUCUUCCCGAUGAAGUACGUGACAAGGACUACGUCAUGGACCUGUUUGAUGCGCAAAAGAAGCUGAAGAAGGUCCCCAGUCCUAUCGCGUACAUGCUCAAGGACGACCAGAAAGAGACCGACGACCUGCCCAAGCCUGAGUGGGGCGCUGAGAAUGCUCCUCCAAAGAUUGGCGCAGUCCACUGCCGUCCACGCGAUCCCAAGGACUCACCACCACCAGAGCCAACACCACCUCCUCCACCAACACCGCCGCCAGCACCCGCAAUGCCAACUCCAAGUCUACCUCGAGCAGACGCAAGCAGCUACGGCGGUGCUGCAUCGUCAAACUACCCGAUCGCUCAAGCGCCAGCACCCACACCCAUGCCGGCGCCUACACCCCAACACCACCACAUUUCCUCCGCCUACACACCCACACAUCCCGGCCACUACCACACCUCCCAAUCACCUGCGCCUCACGUCCACCCGCAAGCACCACAAGCACCCUCCUACCAACCCAUCACGCCACACGUUCCCUUCACUCCACAGCCCGCGGCGCCGAUGCAGCAAUACCAGACUCCACGCCCCGCACCCGGCUACCAGCAGCCGUACGCUCAGCCACCGCCUGGAUACAAAGCGCCCCCGCCUGUUGAAGUGUACAUCCUGAACGACCACGCAAACGCGAGCAUACCGCAGGAUAUUCGGGAGCAGUUCCAGACCGACGAGAAGGGCCGCGUGCUGUUCUUCACCGCACCACCUCUCAACGUGUCUCAGCCUCUGACUAAAGACGAGAGAGUGCUAGGCCACUCCGCUGCGUACCUCGCUGCGCGCGCACGGCGCGAGAAAGCCAAAGCAGAGAAGCGGAAAGUCGAUGCUGUAGGUGCGAGUGAGCGGGAUGAAGCGGCUAAGAAAGCAAAGAGGGAAGAGGAUCAGAAACUAAAGAAGGCGAUUGUGGAUCUUGGCGCUAAGGCUAUAAAGGCGUUGGAGGACCAGCUUGCGAGUGCGACCAAGUCUGAGUUACAGGCGCUGUUUACAGAUGGGAGUCCGGACGGCGUGGAGAAUGUGAUUGAUCAGUUGCUUGAGGUGCAGGCACGUGCUAUCACAAAGAACGCGGAGAGGGAUGCGCAUGUGCAGCAGCGGGAGAAGGAGAAGAGGAGGGUCGUCACGGGCAUGACCGCCCGGCUAGAGGAGAAGAUCUGA